GCGCAGCUACAUAUUGGUUUAAUUGCAGUGCGACUCUAAUCCAUUCUUUUUUGCCUCAGCGCACCAUAUAUAUAAUAUCUCUCAUAGUGUCUGCGUCGCCGAGCUUUGUUCUUCAAGCAAGUGCGCGCCAGCUCCCACUUCAGCUACCCCGCCUCUCACGCCCCAGCAGUUUUGCGCCAUGGCAGCUCAACCAGACGAGCAGACGGUUCCCCAGGAUGGCACAGGCGUCGUCAAGCUAGACCCCUGGCUAGCCCCAUUUAGCGAUGCGCUGAAGCGGCGAUAUUCCAAGGCGCAGGAUUGGAUUAAAGUUAUAAAUGACAAUGAAGGUGGCUUCGAUAAGUUCUCGAAGGGCACUGAUAUCUUCGGCUUCAAUGUGGACGAGAAAAACAACAUCAUCUACCGCGAGUGGGCGCCCAACGCCGAGCAGGCGUACCUCAUCGGUGAUUUCAAUGGUUGGAACAUGACGUCCCACCCAAUGAAGAAGAACGAAUUUGGCGUGUUUGAGAUCAUUGUUCCAGCCGAAAACGGCCAGAAGGCCAUACCCCAUAAUUCUAAAAUCAAGGUAGCUCACCAAACCAAUCUUUCUGGGCCAGCUAUCUUUGCUAACCGCCUCUCGAAAAAAAACAAUCAGAUCUCCCUCGUUCUCCCCGGAGGCCAUCGAAUUGAUCGCCUGCCAGCAUGGAUCAAAUAUGUCACUCAAGACCUUUCUGUUUCGCCAGUAUAUGACGCUCGAUUCUGGAACCCGGAGCCUGCAGAGAAGUAUUCUUUCAAGCACCCGCGACCAAAAAGGCCUCAGAGCAUCCGAGUGUAUGAAGCUCACGUCGGAAUUUCUUCUCCAGAGCAGCGCGUCACUACAUAUGACGAGUUCACCGACAAUUUGCUUCCCAGAAUUAAAGACCUCGGCUAUAAUGCUAUCCAAUUGAUGGCUAUUAUGGAACAUGCUUACUAUGCUAGCUUCGGAUACCAGGUCAACAGCUUUUUUGCUGCGAGCAGCCGCUAUGGAACUCCUGAAGGUUUGAAAAGGCUUGUCGAUACUGCCCAUAAAUUGGGCAUCGUCGUACUCCUAGACGUGGUUCAUAGCCAUGCGUCAAAGAAUGUACUUGAUGGACUCAACCAAUUUGAUGGAACCGACCACCAGUACUUUCACAGUGGAGGAAAAGGUAACCACGACCUUUGGGAUAGUAGACUCUUUAACUACGGCCAUCACGAGGUGAUGCGAUUUCUACUGAGCAAUCUACGAUUUUGGAUGGAUGAGUAUCACUUUGAUGGCUUCCGCUUCGAUGGCGUCACCAGUAUGCUCUACCUACACCAUGGAAUUGGAACUGGGUUUUCUGGCGGAUACCAUGAAUACUUUGGACCUGAUGUCGACGAGGAGGCGGUUGUAUACCUGAUGGUUGCCAACGAGAUGCUACACUCACUCUAUCCCGAGUGUGUAACUGUCGCCGAGGAUGUGUCUGGAAUGCCUGCUCUGUGUCUUCCUUUAUCGCUCGGUGGCGUGGGUUUCGACUACCGCCUUGCCAUGGCCAUUCCCGAUAUGUGGAUCAAGAUUCUCAAGGAGCGCAAAGAUGAACAGUGGGAUCUUGCCAACAUAUGCUUCACUUUAACUAACAGACGUCAUGGUGAAAAGACCAUAGCAUAUUGUGAGAGUCAUGAUCAAGCGCUUGUCGGAGACAAAACAUUGAUGAUGCAUCUAUGCGAUGCGCAAUUAUAUGAUAACAUGACCACUCUAAAGCCUCUGACGCCUGUUAUUGACCGUGGAAUGGCGCUCCACAAGAUGAUUCGACUUCUUACACAUGGAUUGGGUGGUGAGGGCUACCUUAACUUUGAAGGUAACGAAUUCGGUCAUCCUGAAUGGCUUGAUUUCCCUCGAGCAGGAAACAACAACUCGUUUUGGUACGCUCGUCGGCAACUGAACCUCACGGAGGAUCAUCUCCUUCGAUACAAAUUCCUCAACACCUUUGACAAGUUGAUGAACCACUGUGAAGAACGUUAUGGCUGGCUCCACGCUCCCCAGGCCUACAUCUCCUUGAAGCAUGAAGGCGACAAGGUCAUUGUAUUCGAGAGAGCGGGACUUGUUUUUGUUUUCAAUUUCCAUACCCACGAAAGCUUCAAAGACUACCGCAUUGGCGUUGACGUCCCUGGAACCUACAAGAUAGUCCUGAACAGCGACUCAGAAGCGGUAGGCGGUCACAACAGGAUCGAUGAAAAUACUCGCUUCUUUACAACGCCCAUGGAGUGGAAUGGACGGAAAAAUUGGACUCAUGUGUACAUCCCAUGCCGAACUGCUAUAGUGUUGGCCUUGGCUGAGUGAUCCAGGGGCCUGUGUAGUAUGGCUAGGUAGUUUGUGAUAUUUCCAAAUGUUAUACCAUAUUGUGCUUAUUUUAAAAAUGCCACGCUUUAGGCUGCUUAUCAUAGCGUAUGCCAUGUGUAAUUAGGUACUAUUGCAUGAUGCAAGGGACGCUAUUGCUAGCGAUUUCUUGUAAACUAGAAUUAUGCCAGAAAGAAUAAUUAACUAGUCAACAAGAAGAGGGCAUCCACCAUGACGCAGCUUAAU